CUCUCCUCAUGACAUGCCCAAUCAAUCUCUUCCUGUUGAACUAUAGUAGGAUAGCCCAUACCGCACCGGCAUAUAUCCGGCCGAACAUAAGCCUAUAUCUGGCCAGACAGCAGGCCCGCUAUCAAUAAGGGAGGACAAAUGCCUACUCUGCCUCCUCCAAAUGAUGCUACUGAGUUGUUUAACCGACAUGGAUGGAAAACUGAAGGUAAAAAACUUUCACGGCACUCGAAUCAAACUGUUGACGUUCAACAAUUCUUUGUUUGGUAAUGUCAUCGAAAACAAAGCCACCGGUAAAAUAGAGCUGGGCGAUGGAGUGGAAUGUCGAAUAUUCCUCGAAAUCUCCAAGAAGUUAAAUUUGACGGUUAAGCUGGUUUCGACGGACGAAAAAGAUAAAUGGGGUACUGUAUGGCCCAAUGGGACAUUGACAGGCGGGGCAACCAAAUUGUUGUAUCACAAAAAAGUAGACGUGGCGUUCGGUUCUUUGUGGAUCGAAUACUACCGAAGGAGAUUUGUGGACAUGACUGACUACUGGUCGUAUAUGUGCAUUAAGUUUCUCGUGAUCAAACCAAAGCCGUUGAAAGACAAAUGGAAUUUGCUAUUCAAGCCAUUCUCUUUGGGCCUGUGGGUACUGUUGUUUGCUUCUGCUACGCUGAACACUGUAACGUUAUGGAUGAUUGCAGUCGUCCAGAAAAAAAUUGGUUACAAACACGUCAAUAUCUUCACUUCGCUAUCGUCGUCCAUAUCUUGUAUCUUCGGAAUCACGUUGAUGACUAACAACCCGAUUCGUUCGCACCGAUUGGGUCCUAUCAGACAUUUGAUCAGCUGGUGGUAUUUGUUUGUGUUCGUCAUGACUACAGCGUUUUCCAGCGUCCUUUACUCAUACAUCACGUCACCAGAGUACUCUGAACCUAUAACUAGUAUUAAACAAAUGGUGAAUGAGGGUUACUCUUGGGGUCUUCCGUACCCACCACCCAUGCCGUUUUUACUGAAAAUAGAGGAUCCUUGGCACGUUAUGUUUAGCCAGAAAUUCAUUCCAGAACGGAACACUGCCGAUCGUAUUAAUCGGAUAAUGAAUGGCAAGUACGCGGUGCUGACCAAAUGCGUUAAAGACAAACACUUCAUGGAGGCACAGGACUUGCCGCCAUCGCUGCUCAACGACCUAAGAACAACCCGGUCUUGUGUGAAUACCUAUUACAUUGGAUUCGGCUUUAGUAAACAAUCGCCGUACCUGAAAUCGACCAACCUGGUAAUCAGACGGAUAGUAGAGAGUGGCAUCAUAGGAUAUUGGCUGAACAGAGUGUUUGAAGUAAGACUUCCUCCGGCCACGUUCGAGAGGGUCUACGAACAAAAGCCUUUGGCUGACAGAAAUGGCGACCCGUCGCCUCUUACUAUCCAUCAGUUUAGAGCCGUCUUGGUGGGAUGGUUAAUCGGUUGCUCUCUUUCUGUUAUAGUGUUCGUUGUUGAAUGCAAAUACGCUGAAAAACGCAAAAUCGUAAUUUUAAGAGUUACCUAAAACAAACACGAUCUUUUGCAGUAAGAAGACGACAUAGCAAAGAAGGCAAUUGAUUAUGCCAGUUUCUUCAUUACCUAAUAGUUACUAGUACCUAGUGAUUAAAUUUUGCGUCUG